AUGAAAAAGAGUAAGAAGAAUUCCAUAGAUUCCCUUGAAGUUACACUGAAAUCGCUUAAGAAAUUAUUAACUUCAUUCGGUGGUGGACAACCAUCAAAUGGUGAAAACUCUAAAAAGAAAUCGUCAAAAGAAAGCCUCCGAGGGCAUUCCAAUUUUCUAGAACACGAAGAUGCUCCAAUGGAAAAUUCAAGUGUUGAAGCUUGUGAUAGAAACAUUGACGAUGGAAAAAUUUGCUUAAACAAAGAAUUCGAUCAUCUUUCGCCAUUGGAUCAAAUAGAAGAUAGUAGGGAAAGCAUGCUGAAUUGUAUAAUUCAAUAUGUAUGGCAAGGAAAUUUCUCUUCACCCGAUAUUGAGGAAAAAUUAAAGAGGGGAGCACGAGUACUUGACGUAGGAUUCUUGUGGGCAUCUCUAACGGAAAAUCAAUGGGUCGCUGUCAUUCGUGAUUUGGUCAGAGUCACCAAAAAAGGCGGAGUCUUGGAGUUGAUGGAACUUGAUAACACGCAAGGAGAAAACGCUGGAGUUAUAACAAAUUUUUUAUUCAAUUUUUCAAAUAAUCACCUCUUCUCAAAAGGCGUGAAUCCAUAUAUAACCUCUAAACUUCAAAAAAUGUUGGGAGACAAUGAGAUGCUCACGAGCAUUGAUCACGACGUUAGAAUGAUACCACUCGGUGGAUGGGGUGGGAAACUGGGAGAUAUGGGGUUCAAAUCACUUAAACCCUCCAUAAUGAAAACAAAUGGGAAAAGUCCCGAAGAAUGUGAUG